UUGCAACCUCACAAAGCAGAGGAAGCUGCUCUGCUACUUCCAUAGUUCCAUACACUCAUUACUCGAGCACCAAACCACCAAGGUCAUGCCCAUGGCGGCGCUUCCACUCUAUCUGCUCCUCCUCCUCCCAGUCCUGGCCGUCGUUCCCUUCAUAUGGCUCAGCCGUGAGGCGUCGCACCGGCGAGACGGCGGCGCGCGGCUGCCCCCGUCGCCGUGGGCGCUCCCAGUGAUCGGCCACCUGCACCACCUCGCUGGGGCGCUCCCGCACCGCGCCAUGCGUGACCUUGCGGCGCGCCACGGCCCGCUCAUGCUGCUCCGCCUCGGCGGGCUCCCCGUCAUCGUCGCCUCCUCCGCGGACGCCGCCCGCGAGGUGAUGAGGACGCGCGACCUCGACUUCGCGACGCGCCCCGUCAGCCGGAUGGUGCGGCUUGCCAUCCCCGAGGGCGCUGAGGGUAUCAUCUUUGCGCCGUACGGCGACGGGUGGAGGCAGAUCCGCAAGGUCUGCACCGUCGAGCUGCUCAGCGCCCGGCGCGUCCAGUCCUUCAGGUCGGUCCGCGAGGAGGAGGCCGCCCGGCUCCUCCGCGCCGUGGCGUCGGCGCCGCCGGCGAAGGCGACGAACCUGAGCGAACUGCUGUCCGUGUACGCCGCCGACUCGUCGGUGCGCGCCAUCAUUGGGAGCCGAUUCAGGGACCGGGACACGUUCCUGACGAUUCUGGAGCGCGGGAUCAAGCUGUUUGCCAAGAUUAGCCUGCCGGACCUCUACCCGUCAUCGCGCCUCUCCAUGCUCGUCAGCCGAAUGCCCGGCCGGAUGGAGCGGCACCGGCAGGAAGUGGUCGCGUUCUUGGACGCCAUCGUCCGGGAGCACGAGGCGGACAGAGCCGCCGCCGGCGACAAGGAGGACUUGCUCGACGUGCUCUUGAGGAUCCAGAGGGAAGGUGAUCUCCAGUUCCCCAUCACUACUGACAACAUCAAGUCAGUGGUCGGAGACAUGUUCGCCGGCGGCAGCGAGACGGCGGCGACGACGCUGCAAUGGAUUAUGGCCGAGCUCGUGCGGAACCCGAGAGUGAUGCAGAAGGCACAGGAUGAAGUCCGGCGUGUACUUGCCGGACGGCACAAAGUGACGGAGGACGAUUUAGGCAACCUGCAGUACAUGCACCUAGUAAUCAAAGAAGCACUCCGGCUACACCCACCUGCACCACUCCUGCUCCCACGAGAGUGCCGCAGAGCGUGCCAGGUCUUAGGAUUCGACGUGCCGGCGGGCACUAUGGUGCUUGUGAAUGCAUGGGCUAUCAGCAGGGACCCCAGGUAUUGGGAUAUGCCAGAGGAGUUUGUGCCGGAAAGAUUUGAAGAUUGCAAGAUUGAUUUCAAGGGGACAGACUUCGAGUAUACACCUUUCGGGGCGGGGCGGCGGAUGUGCCCAGGAAUGGCAUUUGGGCUAGCGCAUAUUGAGCUCGCACUUGCUAACCUCCUUUACCAUUUUGAUUGGGAGCUGCCAUGCGGGAUGGAGCCUGCCGAUCUGGAUAUGACAGAGGAAAUGGGGGUCACUGUCCGUCGGCUCCAGGAACUCCUGCUUGUUCCUGUUGCCCGUGUGCCAUUACCGAAAGACUAUUAGUAGCAGCACUUUGUGUUUCUUGGUUCUGUGCAGCAUCGUUGUAGGAACUCCUACAUAUUCCGUGCUCCCGGUCCGUGGGUCACAAACUAGUGUCGUUUUAAAUUGCGUACCAUUAACAUGUUUAAACCUUAAUUAUCAAUAUCUUUUUAAUACUUCGGUUGGACUUUUAAAUAUACUAAAAAUUAAUUUGUCUUGAAAAUUAAUUUCAUAAUAUUAUAGGUUUAUAAUAUUUUGUAUAUAUUUUAUAUUAAUAAUCAGUAGUCAAAGUAGUCUUUUGAUGACCAUGCCGAAGUCCAAAACAUUGCUCUUUUUUUACGGGUGAGACUAUGUAUUACCAGCAAUUGUCUAAAAUAUAUUGUGUAUAAUCAAACUUUGAUAAUUAUUAUAAGUCAAAAUAUUUAAUGA